AUGCAGGGUCCUGAGGCAACGGGCCCCGCGCUCGCUGACCUACCAUCCACCCUCAGAACGGUGAUAGGUAACCCGACGACGUCACUCGGGUUCGUAUCGGGAAUUCCAACAGUUGAAGAAACCGCAUCCCCCCUUUCGCAGCAACAAAUCGAAGCCAAUCUUCAACAUGUUCUCUCGAGUCUUAAGUCAGACUAUGGGGGUGGUCUGGUUGUUGCCGCUGGUGGCGAUUCGUCCGGCUCGACCACCCGAGGAGUCGUAAUUGGGAUACUAUCGGCCUUUGGAUCAGCAGCGAUCGCAUUUCUCGUGCUUGCGAUUUUCUUUUUCUUCAAAUACACUCGUCGCGGGCGGAUUAUGCUCGAUCGCAUAGGCCGCCCGGGUGAGUUCGAUGAUGAGCAGGCGUUCUUGCGUGAGGAAGAAGCUGCUCUGGAAGCGAUGGAUGACUUGUCUCGAUCGGAAUAUCUAAGAGCCAAGGCCUUUGUUCAAGUGAAUCCGCCAGAGUCUAUGCAAACGGAUAUCUCCUUAUCGCAGUUUCUCGCCAUUCAGGAAAAGGGUGUUUCUGCAUGGGAAUUUGUGCCUGAAUUGGAAAUCGCAAACUGCUUUGUCCAAGCACGCACUGAGAUCGAAUUUGAUGACUCGGAAUGUAGCGUUCAGACGAACCUACCUAUUCCAAAGCAGAAUGAAGUCUACUACUGGGAAGCAAAGAUCUACGAAAAACCAGAGGAUACAAUCCUUGGAAUUGGUUUAACUACUAAGCCCUAUCCUCUCUUUCGAAUGCCUGGCUUCCACAAAACAUCUAUUGCCUACCAAUCUACGGGCCACCGUAGACAUAAUCAACCGUUCAAUCCAACACCAUACGGACCUCCUGUUUUCCAAGGCGAUGUCAUCGGUGUGGGCUACCGUCCCAGGUCGGGCACAAUUUUCUUCACUCGCAACGGGAAAAAGCUCGAGGAUGUGGCCCAUAACCUCCGAACGCAGAAUCUCUUCCCAACUAUCGGUGCCAAUGGCCCAUGUACUAUCCACGUCAACUUUGGCCAAAUGGGAUUUGUAUUUAUUGAGGCUAAUGUGAAGAAAUGGGGCUUGGCCCCAAUGACGGGCAGCCUCGCUCCGCCCCCUCCAUACGGAAGCGAACAAGGCAGUAUUCUGCUUGAGUCAGGCCGAGAGAGUGCAGCUCAAAUCUCUCAGCGAGUCUAUCAGGCAUACGCGGCGCGAAGUGGAAUUCCUUUAGCCAUCAGCCCCGGUCCUAUUCGAUCUCCAACUGAAAUAUCCCUGGCUCAGCUCGCCCACAUCCCUUCAAAUGAGGAUGCUGGUGAGGGAUCUAGUCGGUUUGCCGAUAGAAAUCUAAGUGUUGAUGAUAUGGCACAUGAAGAUGGCGAUGAUGAGGUUCCACCUCCAGAAUAUUCCAGUCCUAGAGGCAGCCAUCGGGGCAGUGACGCCUCUUUAGAAUUCCCCGCGAGACCAGAUAGAACCAGUCCUCUUCCUGACUAUUCUACUGAUCUAGAAGCUCAAAACCUGCCGAGUUACCAAGCCGUGGUAGAUCGGGAUUGGCCUGACCAUGACGACAACUAA